AAAAAAUUCCAUCUCAUCCACAUUGUCUCUCUAAACAAUAAAAUAAAUUCCUUAAUGAAACUCUUCGCCUCGCUGUUACUGUUUAUUCUUUCUUCUCUCCUCUUUGGAGAUGUCGCUGUAGCUGAGAGUUCAAAUCAGAAUCAUCCGUUUUCAGGUCGAAAUAAAUUGUUUGUGUUCGGAGAUUCUUACGUCGACACUGGAAACACAAGGACUACUGAUGGUGGGGCAUGGGAUUACCCUUACGGUAUCACUUACCCGGGUAAACCCUCUGGCAGGUUCUCGGACGGCCACAUCUCCACCGAUUUUCUAGCCCAAUUGCUAAGGAUAAAGUUACCUGUGACCUACAAAAAGAAAGAUGACGUGGAUAAGACACGGUUACAAUACGGAAUGAGUUUUGCGUACGGAGGAACAGGAGUGUUCGAGACUUAUGCUGAUUAUCCUAACAUGACCGCUCAGAUCGAUCUCUUCGAGCAACUGCUCGGCAAUGUCUACUCUCCAUCCGACCUUUCUUCCUCCGUCGCUCUCGUUAGUGUUGCUGGCUACGACUACCUUAAUUUCCUUGCCAAGAAUCAUUCCCUUCCCGAACUAUUAGGGUUCAAAUCAUACAUCGAGGAUGUUGUGAAUCAAACCGAGGUGAAUUUGAGGCGAAUCUACACCUUGGGAGUAAAGAAGAUAGCAAUACCAUCAUUGACACCGCUCGGGUACAUCCCCGUGUUUGCAAACUUCCCCGAAAUUAUCAAAGACGUUGUCAACAACAUUCUGGUAGCAGACCAUAACAGCUUGUUGCAAAAGGUAGUGGCCAAACUCAACAGUGAGACCAAUCAUUCAGCUUUUACCAUCAUAGAUUACUACAAUACCUUCUUGACUGUCUUCAACAACAAAGGAGAAAUCCCAGGGAUUCUGCCGUUUAAAACCCCGUUCAUAGCAUGUUUUGAAAUCGACUUGAAUGAGUUCAAGAAUUCUACCUUAUGUGAAGAUCCUAGGUCUGCUUUCUUCUGGGAUCCAAUUCACCCUACCCAAGAAGGAUGGAAAUCGAUUUACAAGGUUUUAAGACAUAAUAUCACCGCAGCUUUGACUAAAGCAUAAAACCACUUAUCGGGAUCGAAUAUAAUAAAACGUAUUUUGAAAUGUAUUGUGUGGUAUCUCUCUGUCUCUUGUGUGAACGAAUAAAGAGCUUUGGCUAAUAAAAUAUUUAAAGCUUCUUUACUGGUCUUAUAAUUCUGAAUGAGAUCAUAAAUCUUGUUGAAUGUUCAAUUAAAGCGAAUUAUCC